ACACCCAGGCUGGCCAGGCUGGUUUCUCAAGUGACUAUAGGUCUUAGGGUUUUACUGCUGUGAAGAGACACCAUGACCAAGGCAACUCUUAUAGGGACAACAUUAAAUUGGGGCCGGUUUACAGGUUCAGAGGUUCAGUCCAUUAUCAUCAAGGCAGGAGCAUGGCAGCAUCCAGGCAGGUAUGGUGCAGGAGGAGCUGAGAGUUCUACAUCUUCAUCUGAAGGCUGCUAGCAGAAGACUGGCUUCCAGGCGACUAGGAUGAGGGUCUUAAAGCUCACACUCACAGUGACACACCUACUCCAACAGGGCCACCCCGCCUAACAGUGCCACUCCCUGGGCCAAGUAUGUGCAACCAUCACACAUGACUGAGGAUGGUUUUGAACUCCUGACUCCAUCCUUCGGCUCCCACCUCCCGAGCACUGCUAUCACAGGUGUGAUGCUUGGCUGGCUUUGGGUCCUCCAUCCUCCUUUCUCAGUCUGUAGGAAUGACAGCAUCCCAGGAGGAUGCUACCAUGUCUGGCAAAGCAAAAUGUUCAGUUUGUACAGGAACAAACAAACUCUAAUAUAAAUAUUUUUUAAGAAUAUUUAUGUAUGUAGCCGGGCAUGGUGGUACACACCUUUAAUCCUAGCACUCAGGAGGCAGAAGCAGGCAGAUUUCUGAGUUCGAGGCUAACCUGGGCUACACAGAGAAACCCUGUCUUGAAAAACCAACCAACCAAACAAAAGAAUAUUUAUAUAUGAUGUAUGUAUGUCUGUAUGUAUAUGAGUACACUGUCGCUGUCUUCAGACACACCAGAAGAGGGCAUCAGAUCCCAUUACAGAUGGUUGUGAGCCACCAUGUGGUUGCUGGGAAUUGAAUUCAGGACCUCUGGUAGAGCAGCCAGUGCUCUUAACUGCUGAGCCAUCUCUCCAGCUCCCAGUGUAAAUCUUAAGGCAUAGUGGUCUUUUACUUUUUUAAGACAAAGUUUCAGUAUGUGGCCCUUUGUGGGCUGUGUAGUACUCAGGACAGCCUUAAUGUCUAUCUGUCUCGCCCUCCUAAAUGCUGAAAUUAAAGCAUAUGUCAUCAUACUCAGUAGUAUAUUGGUCUCAUGGGAAAUUUAAUAUUAUGGUUGAAGGUCAAUAUACUUUUUUUUCAGUUUUUGCUGGCUGAGGUGUCCCCUCCCAAAGUAUAUUUUCCCCCAUUAACUAGAAAUUCAAACUGAAUUCUUUUUAGAUAAUUCAGGCUGUUAUUUAUCCUUCAAGAUGACCAUUAUAAACAUGUUUUUGGUACAAAAUAGCAUAGCUAUGGGAGCUUGGGAUUAUCCACUGAACACCCCCUAGUAUUUUUAAGAGUUGUGAUCCAUAUUUGCAUUUUAUGGAAAAGACAAAUUUGCAUUCAUAGGAAAAGACAAAUAACAACAAAAUGAAAUUUAAAGUGCAUUCUAGGGAUGUAUUAAGAAGACUUUUAAAGUCAGGUGAUGGUGGCACAUGCCUUUGAUCCAGAACUCAAAAAAACACCAAAAGAAAAAAAAAAAAACCACCAAAAAAAAAAAAAAAAAAGGAUUUUAAAGCUGGGUGUGUGGUUCAUGCCAUUAAGCCCAGCACUUGGUAGUUAAAGACAGAUGGAUUUCUGAGUUGGAGCCUAAUCUCUGGUUGAGUUCCAGGACAGCCAGGGCUAUUUAGUGAAAUACAGUAUCAAAAACAAAAACAACAAAAAAAGGAUUUACUGUAGUGCUUUUUUUUUUUUCUUUUGCCAGUUCUACAGGAUGUUAGUCAAAUGCCUUAUUACAUCACUGGCACAGUUUCUACUGUGUCUGUACUUGCUUCCCACUACAUAAAAUGGCUAUGAUUUAUACUUCUUUAGAACACUCCCCCUUGUGUACAAUUAAUUUUUGUGAGGUUGGAGUCUCGGUCUGUGGGCUCGGGUAGCAGCCUCCCAGCUCCGGGCUCAGGCAUUCCUUCUGUCUGGAAGCACAGGUGCCCACAGUGUACUGGGCUCGCUCUACAGACAGGAUUUCUCAGGGAUAGGUCAUUCUUCGUGUAACAUUUUCUCCGCUCUAGAAUUCUAUUUUAACGUUUAUCACUUUAGAAGCCUUUGUAUUCCAGUGCACACACCCAGAAAUCGAAGCAUCAAAUGGUGACUGUUAGGUCCUACUUUAAUGUGUGCGCUUGCCUUCACCUAAUACUUUGUACAGGAUAUUCAGCACAACUCGAUGGUUCUCCUGGCAAACAACUUCAGGUUCCGUUUGAGGCUUUAAGAAAAUCAAUUAGCUUAACCUUUAUUAAGAGGCACAGGAGACAGAAGUUCCGACAGAACCUACUUUCUCAAGAACAAGCCAAUGCUCACCAGGAAGGUUUCAGGUGAGACUUGAAAACACAAGUCCUGUACAUUCAUGCGGUUCUUCCCACCCCGCCUACAAAACCCAACCCAACCCAACCAAACCAAACCAAACCAAACCCUGAGCUGUAAUAAAGCCCAAUCCAUCGAUAUCUUCUGUGAGACGUAGAGGGGCUUGUCACCAGGCAUCGGUACCCCGCACCCAAGCGGACCGUCGGAGUCCUCCCUAGCUUCCCAGGGAGGAUCGCGGACAGCUGGGACAUACACGUCCAAACACCGGACUUCACUGCUCGCCUCAGGCUCUGCCGGGACCACCAGCUGGCCAAGGCCAACGCGGUGGCGUCUCUUAGGGAUCGGGUCCCUCAGCGAAGCUGCAGAGCGAGACAGGAGCCCCGCACCAACGCUCAGCGCGCUCGCUUCGACCCGCACCAGGAGGGCGGCACCCAGGGGAGGAGCUUGCGCACGCCCCUCCGGGUGGAGCGCGCCAGGUGAGCGCGCGUGCGCAGUUGGACCAUUAAAAACUAGCCCGCCCCCUUCGCUUCGGCCCGCCUUCGUGGGGGCUGGCUCGCCAGUGGGCGGGGCCGCGGAGAAGGGGGUGGGGAGUGGAGAAAGCGAGCGGCCGAGGACGGCGCCUGCGCGGUGGGCGUGAUCCGGGCACUUAGGGCAGGAUGAACGCUGCUUUCCAAGAUGGCGACGGAGGGAGGAGGGAAGGAGAUGAACGAGAUUAAGACCCAAUUCACCACCCGGGAAGGUCUGUACAAGCUGCUGCAGCACUCGGAGUACAGCCGGCCCAACCGGGUGCCCUUCAACUCGCAGGGAUCCAACCCUGUCCGCGUCUCCUUCGUAAACCUCAACGACCAGUCUGGCAACGGCGACCGCCUCUGCUUCAAUGUGGGCCGGGAGCUCUACUUCUAUAUCUACAAGGGGGUCCGCAAGGCUGCCGACCUGAGUAAACCCAUAGAUAAGAGGAUAUACAAAGGGACGCAGCCCACUUGCCAUGACUUCAACCUCCUCACAGCUACAGCAGAGAGCGUCUCUCUCCUAGUGGGCUUUUCCGCAGGCCAAGUCCAGCUUAUAGACCCAAUCAAGAAAGAGACCAGCAAGCUGUUUAAUGAGGAAAGACUAAUAGACAAGUCCCGCGUAACCUGUGUCAAAUGGGUUCCUGGUUCGGAAAGCCUUUUCCUAGUAGCCCAUUCAAGUGGGAACAUGUACUUAUAUAAUGUGGAGCACACUUGUGGCACCACAGCCCCCCACUACCAGCUCCUGAAGCAGGGAGAAAGCUUUGCCGUGCACACUUGCAAGAGCAAAUCCACGAGGAACCCUCUCCUUAAGUGGACGGUGGGCGAGGGGGCCCUCAACGAGUUUGCUUUCUCCCCAGAUGGCAAGUUCUUAGCGUGUGUGAGCCAGGACGGGUUUCUGCGUGUGUUCAACUUUGACUCAGUGGAGCUGCACGGUACAAUGAAAAGCUACUUUGGGGGCUUGCUUUGUGUGUGCUGGAGCCCAGAUGGCAAGUACAUUGUGACAGGUGGAGAGGACGACUUGGUGACAGUCUGGUCCUUUCUAGACUGCCGAGUAAUAGCUAGAGGCCAUGGGCACAAAUCCUGGGUCAGUGUUGUAGCAUUUGAUCCCUAUACUACUAGUGUAGAAGAAAGUGACCCUAUGGAGUUUAGUGGCAGUGACGAGGACUUCCAGGACCUUCUUCAUUUUGGCAGAGAUCGAGCGAACAGUACACAGUCUAGGCUAUCCAAACGGAACUCUACAGACAGUCGCCCUGUAAGUGUUACGUAUCGGUUUGGUUCGGUGGGCCAGGAUACACAGCUGUGUUUAUGGGACCUUACAGAAGACAUCCUUUUCCCUCACCAGCCCCUCUCAAGAGCAAGGACACAUACAAACGUUAUGAAUGCCACAAGUCCGCCUGCCGGAAGCAAUGGGAACAGUGUCACUACACCUGGGAACUCUGUGCCCCCUCCAUUGCCACGGUCCAAUAGCCUUCCACAUUCAGCAGUCUCCAAUGCUGCUAGCAAAGGCAGCGUCAUGGACGGGGCCAUUGCCUCCGGGGUCAGCAAGUUUGCAACUCUGUCGCUACAUGACCGGAAGGAGAGACACCACGAGAAAGACCAUAAACGAAACCAUAGUAUGGGACACAUUUCCAGCAAGAGCAGUGAUAAACUGAACCUAGUUACUAAAGCCAAAACGGACCCAGCUAAAACUCUGGGGACAUCCCUGUGUCCUCGGAUGGAAGAUGUUCCCUUGUUAGAGCCACUGAUCUGUAAAAAGAUAGCUCAUGAAAGACUGACGGUAUUGGUUUUUCUUGAAGACUGUAUAGUCACUGCUUGUCAGGAGGGAUUUAUUUGCACAUGGGCAAGGCCCGGUAAAGUGCCGGCAGAGCAGUUCUGCAGGCAGGAGGACAGAGUGCAAGGUGUUCUCCAAGACCAGAACUAAAGGGCUUGUUGUCAUCCCCAAACCAGGCCACUUCUCCAGGUGGGACUGUAGUGUAGCAGGUGCACUGCUGCUCCCAGGCUCCCCGGACACGCGUGGACCGAGGGAGUGACAGACGACAACGGAGCCAUGAGCUGCGCUGGAGCCACAGGCAGGCGGCAGGCAGCAGCGGCCUGCAGGGCUGUGUGGAGCUGCUAAACCCAAAGAGUUGUUUCCAUUUUUAAGUCAGUCUGUUGGGGCUGCAGUAAAAACUGAGAAAUGGAGUUUUCUUGCUUUUUACUCUAAAAUUCAAUGUAACUAAAUCCAUAUAUAUAUAUAUAUAUAUAUAUAUAUAUAUAUAUAUAUAUAUACACACACAUAUAUACAUAGUGUAAAGUAAAAUGUUUCUUGAACAGAAACCUUAAAUCAAGCUGUUCUAAAUAGCACUUGGCUCUGGUUUUGCACUGAUGUGUGUUAUACGUUAGGUGGUCAUUAGACAGCCUGGGAUGCACUCAUGGAGACAGCUGUCACCUCCAACUUAAACACGUGCUGCAGACAGACAGAUGCUGCAAUCAUAGACUUAAAACAUUGUUUGCACUUAAAUAGUUUAAUGCUAAUAGAAAUGACUUUGACUAUGGGGUAACGGGCUCCCGGCCUCACGAUACGAGAGGAGAUGCCCUUUUUAUCUGUUAACAUUUAUUUUAGUACUGUUGUUUCCGAUGCAAUCAAGUCUGUAUUAUAUGUGUAAAUAAUGUAAUUCUGAAAUGGGGGUAAAUAGUCACUCCCACUAGUAAUUUUCAUCAUUUAAGAGUGAUAUUUCUAAUUCACAAAAACAUUAAUAUUAAAAUUAUCUUGAAUAUACUAUUUGUUUAUCCUUUUUUAAACUUAAAUUGUAUA